AUGUUCGUUCUUUCUUUUCAACCUUUCAUUUUUUCCUUCCAACCAGCCCUUUUUUUUUAUUUGCAGACUUUCUUUUUAUUCUUUCCAACUUUUCUUUUAGUCUUUUUAACCAUUCAUUUUUUUCCUUCCAACCUUUUUUUUUAUUUCCAACUAUUUUUUCCUGUUUUUUCUAUCCUUUCAACAUUUUUUUCCUUCCAACCUUUCAUUUUUUCAUUCCAACCUUUCAUUUUCUCCUUCCAACCUUUCAUUUUUUUCCUUCCAACCUUUCAUUUUUUCAUUCCAACCUUUCAUUUUUUCAUUCCAACCUUUUAUUUUUUCCUUCCAACCUUUCAUUUUUUCAUUCCAAACUUUCAUUUUUUCAUUCCAACCUUUCAUUUUUCCAACCCUUCUGUUUUUUCAAACAUUUUUCCUUCCAAAUAUUCUUUUUUUUUUCGAACCUUUUAUUUAUUUGUCCUUAUAACGUUUCUUUUUUUCUUUCCAAACUUUAUUUUUUCCAACUUUUUUUCAAUUUUAACCUUUUGUCUUUUGUCUGCCAUUCAGUUAGUCUCUUGUGCUUCAUUCUCUUCAUCCUCUUUAUAA